UGUUUCGUGUCAGGAUGGGUUCAAUCAUUGAUCUGACUGAGGACUCGAGUCUGUCUGUGGACACGGACCUGACUGAUCAGGAUUUUCUCUGCAGUCCUACAGUCCAGCAGCCUGAGCCACAGAUGAUGCAAAUCUACCUCAGAGUUCGGCCAUUUUCAAAUGAGGAGCUUGACAACAAUGAGGAGCAGGAUUGUGUUGUAAUUAAAGACAGCCAGACGGUGGCUCUAACUGCACCCAAAGGCUCGGCCAACAUGAAGAGCAGUGAGAAAGGGGUUGGGACGUCAGUCCACCAGUUCUCCUUCUCAAAGGUUUUUGGACCCCAGUCAACACAGGCUGAGCUGUUUGAGGACACUGUAAAAAGCCAGGUGUCUGAUUUCUUAGAUGGAAAGAACGUUCUGAUAUUCAGUUAUGGUGUAACCAACGCUGGGAAGACCUUCACAAUCCAGGGAACGACCAAAGAGCCUGGGAUACUCCCCCGAGCACUAGAAGCCAUCUUUGACUACAUCAGAGGUCACCAGUAUGAUGGGAUGGAUCUAAAGCCCUUCCUCAGCAACGCAGCACAGAAUCUGGAUCCUGACCAAGUCAAGCAGGAGAGAGCUGCUAAAGCUGCCGUUCUUGCUUCAGUCCAUUCAGUUCAAGAAGAAAGCGAUCUUCUGAAAACCAGUUCAGAGCCCCAGACAUCCUCUGACACCGUUCUCUCAGCCACUUCUUCGUCCCACAAUCAAACAGCGUUGGCCAGCAGUCCAACAGAAGAAAGCGGGGAUCUGUUCGCCUUAUGGGUGUCUUAUUUUGAAAUCUACAACGAGUGCGUGUACGAUCUGUUCCAGCCAGCUAAGAAACGAACAGCUCUCCGUGUGUGCGACAACGGAGCUGGAAACACUUAUGUUAAAGACCUCCAGUGGAUUAACAUCCAGAAUCUGGGGGAAGCCUGCAAACUUCUCCAGUCUGGAAAUAAAAACAGGAGCGCUGCAGUUACUAAAACUAACCAGUCAUCGAGCAGAAGCCACAGCAUAUUUACCAUGAAGCUACUGAAGAUCGAGGGCCAAAAUGUGAAAAGGAUCUCGGAAUUCUCUCUCUGUGAUCUGGCUGGAUCUGAAAGAUGCCACAAAGCCAAGACGUUUGGAGAGCGGCUGAAGGAGGCCGGGAACAUCAACAACUCCCUCCUCAUUCUGGGAAAAUGCAUCACCGCUCUCCGCAGCCAUCAGAUGGACGGAGCAAAAAAUGGCUAUAUUCCUUUCAGAGAAAGCAAACUCACCAAGCUCUUCCAGGCCUUUUUCUGCGGCAGAGGAAAAGCAUCGAUGAUCGUCAACAUUAACCAGUGUGUGUCCACCUAUGACGAGACGCUCCACAUUAUGAAGUUCUCCGCCAUUGCCAAACAGGUGGUUCAGUUGAUUCCUGACAAGCCUGUGGAAUCUCACAUUCCUUGUUUGUUUGGUCGAGAUGGGAAGCCAUUGGAAAGCUACCACUCUGAAGAGGAGCUGCUAGAUGAAGAUGAUGAGGCUGAUGUGUCCCUGCUGCCACACAGUGAGUUUCUGAAUAUGAUCGAUAUUCUACGAACCAAACUUCUCGCUGAGCGAAGGAGAAACUUGGUGCAGGAAAUAGAAAUCCGUAAGGAAAUGGGCGACGCCAUGCUGAAACAGAUCCUGAAGAGUGAAGAACGUCACAAUCGACAGAUUGAAGAGCUGAGGGAGCGCCAUGCUGAAAAACUGGAGAACACGUUUGAGAUGUACAAAGAUGCAAUCAAAAAGCAUGCCUAUCAGUGUGCCUUAAACGAUCUGGAGGAUAACUACGUACCGCUCGACGAGUUCAGUGCUGAACAGAAGAAAGCAGAAGCCCUUCAACACAAAGUGUCAGAGUUGGAGAGCUUGUUGUCCAGAGGGGUCUCUGUGGUUCCAACCAUGGAGCAGUUCUGCCAGACGGAACCGUCUACCAAUGCAAGCAAAGCAGAAGACGAUCAAUUCCAACUACUUUACAAAGAAAAAUGUGCCGUGGAACGAAUGUUGGAAAACAAUCUGCAGUUGAUUUCAGCCCUGGAGAAACGGCUGAGGUCAGUUAAUGAAACUCUCCAGGAUGCAAAGGAUGCCUUCCAGGAGAAGUCUGCUCUUGUUGAGGAUCUGCAAAAGAAACUGAAUGAUCAGUCGAAAUCUAUGGAGGAUGUCUUGCAGCAGAAUGCGGAGAAGGACCAGGAGAUCUCGUUGUUGAGGGAUCAACUUGCCAAGCUCUCCCAGAAUUCUCCUGUGCAGCCGAAGGCCAAGAGAGGCCUCCUCGCCAACAUCAAGGAGGCGGUCGGGUCGCCUCGGAAAUGUCCCAUUACCCGGAAGAAAAUGACCAUAACUCUGAAUACCGAUCACUGACG